UGAUUAGAAGCCCCCCUGCAGCACCGGUGGAAGGCCUGUUUUCCCCCUGUCAUAAACAGAUGGGCGAGGAAAUGAUCCCUAACUAAGUGGACAGAAGAGUUUGCACUAAUCUGGCCAAAAGCAGCCCAAAAAAGGCAGACAUCCUAGUCUAUCAUCAUAGUACACUAAUUCCACUGCUCACAAAUGAAGUAUUUGGGCUAGUACUGUUUUACAUAGCUUGUGUGAUAUUAGAGGAUGAACUUGCCCUGUAAACUGAUCGCAUUUUAUUUAGAACAAUAUUAUAUAAGAGAAUUGUUACAGACUUAUUGUUCAGCUUGCCAAACUUAACCGCUCUUUAUAAAUUCAAAUGGGCUUUAGUUGUGUUCUCUGAUUUCUGAGCCUGGCAAAUACAGUAUAAUCUCAAUUGCUUACACAAAUGGUACCGUCAUGGUUUCUUGUGUGUUGGGUUAAAUGCUCAAUCCUUUGGCAGCACAGCGUUUCUCAUGGGUAACAUCCUGUUGGCCAAGUGGUGGGAGCAGAGUAAGCUACUUUAAUGCUUCCAAACCUUAACUAACUAAUAGCCUUUAAAAGGAUCUCCAUGGGUAGGAGUAGCUACACAUUUUCAAGGGCUGACAUAGCAAGAGUCAAAGUGGACGGUGCAACUAGCUGCAGCUUUGAUUCAUUGAUCUCAGCUUUUUCUGGAGCCUGCUAGUAGCACCAUGCUAGUAGCAUUUUACCAAUAAAACAAGAAGGGCGCUCGGAGAGCACAGACCAAGGCCGAGGCCAAAUGCCCCAUCUCGCAAAGUUAACGAAUGUGAAAGAUUAUUCAGGGAUCCGCCCCGUGCCAUAAAGUUUAAUGGGUUCUUCCUUGGCCUAUGCUACACCUUUCCACCAUGUUUCAGGAAAAUCUGGUGGCGAGUUUUUGCAUAAUCCCGACAAACAGACAGACAAACCUCACUGAAAACAUGGCUGAGGGAAAAAUGGAUAUCUUCCAUAUUUUUAUGAAUUGUUGUUAUUAGUAAUUAUGACCAAUAAACAAGAAAGAAGUUUUCAGAGGAUUCUGAAACCUAAUAAAAUAACUAUCCACAACACCCCUGCUUAGAACACGACGGGGUGGUGGGUGGGAAGUUGGUUGUCUAAGCCCGUCAGUCAACAUAUGGCCAUGAGCCGGCUAAUAAGAUGGGCUUAUGUUUGGGUGGCCGGGGCGUGUGCUCACUGGGGCUGGAGGAGGACGGACGGGGGAAGAGUGGCGAGAGAGAGCGCCAAACAAAGAGGAAAGAGUGGAGGCGGCAGCUCAUCGAGACUGGGUCGGCACCGAUGGCUGAUAGGACCGGGCCGAACACCAGACCCUGCGUAUACCUCUCCGUCCUCAUCGAGCUCUUCAUCCGCGAGCAAUUGCCGGCCGAAGCGGUGUGCUCUCUGCUGGCCAUGUGCUGGUUCUGGCCUGGGUGCGUGGGCGAGGACAAGGACAUCUUCCUGGGCUCUGCCCUGCUCACUCUGUGCCGGCUACUCCGAGACAAGCUGGCCUGCCUGCUGCAGGACAUGGCCGCCUGCAUGGCCUGCGAGAAGGCGGCGGAGGCAUCCACCCUCCUGAGUGUGGAGACGGUGUGCACGCUGUACCACUCCUUCCAGGAGGGCUCCGGGGGUCUGAUGGAGAGCCAGAAGGAAGCAGCAGGCCCCGAUCCCACCCCGCUGAGGCCCUGCCCUCGCCACAUGUCCGCCACAGAGAGGCUGCGCAAGGUCAUCCAGGAGCUGGUGGACACGGAGAAGUCCUACGUCAAGGAUCUGACCUGUCUGUUUGAGAUCUACCUGAAGCCGCUACAAAAGGAGACCUUCCUCACGCAAGAUGAGAUGGAGAGCCUCUUUGGUAGUUUGCCCGAGAUGCUGGACUUCCAGAGGGUGUUCCUGCAGACCCUCGAGGAGCGGAUCGCAUCCUCCCCGGACUUCAGCACCCUGGAGACCCCCAUGCAAUUCAAGAAGCUGCUCUUCUCCCUGGGCGGGUCUUUCCUGUACUACGCAGACCACUUCAAGCUCUACAGCGGCUUCUGUGCCAAUCACAUCAAGGUUCAGAAGGUCCUGGAACGAGCAAAAACGGACCAGGCCUUCAAGGAGUUCCUGGACGCGAGGAACCCGACCAAGCAGCACUCCUCCACGCUGGAGUCCUACCUGAUCAAGCCGGUGCAGAGGGUGCUCAAGUACCCACUGCUGCUGCGAGAGCUGGUGUCUCUGACCGACGCAGAGAGUGAGGAGCACUACCACCUGACAGAGGCCCUGAAGGCCAUGGAGAAGGUGGCCAGUCACAUCAACGACAUGCAGAAGAUCUAUGAGGACUACGGCACCGUGUUUGACCAGCUGGUGGCGGAGCAGAGCACUGCAGACAAAGAGGUCACAGAGAUCUCCAUGGGAGAGUUCCUUAUGCAUGCCUCUGUCAUCUGGCUCAACCCAUUGCCCUCGCUGGGCCGCAUGAGGAAGGACCCGGAGCUCACCAUCUUUGUGUUCAAGAAAGCGGUCAUCCUCGUCUACCGGGAGAACAACAAGCUGAAGAAAAAGAUGAGUGGCCCGCGCUUGUCCCAUGGAGACACGGACCCGUUUAAGUUCCGCUGGCUCAUCCCACGGUCCUCCCUGCAGGUGCGCCUGGGGAACUCAGCUGGCUCGGAAACCAACUGUAUCUGGGAGCUGAUCCACACCAAGUCAGAGAUUGAGGGGAGGCCGGAGACGGUGUUUCAGCUGUGCAGCAGCAUCCCAGAAAACAAAGUCAACAUAAUCAAAGUGAUCCGCUCGGUUCUGAGGCGGAACAUGCGCAGCGAACUGCCGGGAGAGCGGGCCUGCAAGGACCGUGUGGUCCCGAUGCGCACGACCCAUCCCUCCUCCGCAAGGCUAGGUACCACCAGGGCCUCUUGGCUUUGCAGACUGGACCCCCCUUCCCCCGCCGCUCCCCACACUGAUGCGUCGUGUCGGCUGCUGGCUGACUCCGACGAGGCCAGCCUGAGCAGCGGAGCCCCCAGUGACAGCCUCCCCCCCAGGCCCAACCUCUCGCCCCCCUCCCCGUCCUCCGUCGCCACCUCCUCCUCCGUGCCCCGUGGAGGCGCGUCCGAGCCGCUCAAGGAGUCUGACAUCCUGAGCGACGAAGACGAGGAGUUCACCGAGCACCUCCAGGGCCGCAGCGAGUCGCCGCCCAGCGCCAUCGAGGCCCAGUUCCAGCGGCUGCGUCUGUCGGAGGAGCAGGCGGCGAGCCGGGCGCAGGCCCCACGCGUGCUGCCCGAGGGCGGGGAGGUGGACACCCCCGAGAGACGGCCGCCUCGCGAGCCCGGUCUCCAGCGCGCCCACUUCUGCCCCAUCAAGAGGAAGAGCUCGGGCGGGGGCAGCCUGCGGCGCAGCCAGGGGGCGCUGCUGAGCAUGCGUGAGCACAGUCGCUCGCUGGACAGCCAGACGGAGGCGGCGGGGGCGGCCGCGGACCUGAACGCCCUGCUCGAGCGGGAGUUCAGCGUGCACAGCCUCACCUCCGUCGUCAACGAGGACUGCUUCUACGAGGCAGCCGAGAGCGGGGACAGCAGCGCGGCCAACGGCAGCUCCUAGCGCCCGCGACGCAACCGACACACACGAGACGCCCAGACCAAAGUUAGAAGACGUGGCAUGAAACAACCUUAGUGACUGGCCACUAUAGAAGAAGCCUUUCCACUGCAGUGUAGAGGAGAGACGGUGAAAUUGAACAACACCAUGGUGAAAUGAAGGAAGUGUCUCCUGCCUUCCCAGAGGGCCAGGAGUAACUCAGCUGCCCUUUUUCUGCUGCCUUUCAUCAGUAUCAAGUUGAAGGUGGGGUGGGAGAAAAACACUUGAGCCAAUAAAAAGCCAGGAGUCCACCACAGUCCUGUGAGACUGGUGAUUGGCUCUCUCACCCCUGGCCUGGAGCUUGUGUUCCCCCUGAGGGGGUCCUCUGGUGUCUGUUUCUGUGUCUGUGCCUCAGCUCUUUACUCUCUGCUUGGGCUCAGUGUAUAGUCCAGUUGUGGCGGGGAUCGCUCCCCUCGUUUUGCCAUCUGAUGAAUUACAUGCUGCCCUCGUCAUGGCAACAGGUCUCGCCUGUGAGCCACAUCAGGUAACUUUCGCUGACUAAUCUCGGCCUCAGCAACCAUCUGAGCACUGAUGCACAGCAAAAGCCAGACACAGACACAUGCACAGCCGCACACACAGACACGGACACGGACCCAGGGGAGCUGUGUGUCUGACUGAGCUGUUCUUGACCUCAGUCCCAAUGGGACCAAGAGUCAGGCUGAAACUACCGAAAGAAAAAUCUUUUUUUUUUUCAGACUAUCUGCCUUGCUGUAAUUUGUGCACUGCAUACACAAUUUGCCUAAAUUUUAAGCAUUGCUUUUAUUUUUUAUUUGUACAUUCUUGGAAUUGUUGGAUUUUAUAAAACACCUUUUUCUCUCUUUUUUAAUUUAUUGAUAGUUUUUUUUAUUUUUUAUAUAGGAAAGCAAACUUUGGGCUAUGGCUUGAAUUCUUGAGAUCCAAAUGCUAAGGGGAGAUGGAGCAAUCAUGAGUCUUGCAUUCUAAUGUAAUCCCACUCGAUUAGUAUGGUGUUCAUGAUCCCCCUGCGUUUGUAGCUACCAGUGUACAGGGUGGUAAGUGUCGAAUGGAAUCAGCCCGAUUGAAUUGAAAUAAUGUGUUGACUUGGCAAGUUGCCAGAGGGGUGAAAAAGCUAAAGUCGUCAAAAGGCGCUCCUGCUAAGAUUGUUCCUUUUUUAAUGUCCAGAUAUGAGCAUACUAUUUUCUCUGUACUGUAACUUACUUUGAAUUUUAUAUUCACAGUUCUUUGCAAAUGAAGACAGUGUAACUUGUAAUAAACAGUGUCUGACAUGACGGUAGUGUGGUGAUAUUUUCCUUUCUAAAUGGCUACUGAGGUCCAGUGAAUUGAAACAUGCUGGUGACAAUAAUGCAGCUGGACAUGUUCACCAACAAACCUUUCUUUUGAUGCUAGCAAACCAAUGAAUGUGAAAACGAACUCUCUUUCCAUUAUUCCUAAAUAAAGACUAUUUUAAGAUUGGACCCAC